AUGUUUCACAAAAAAUCUCGUCGCUUGCAGCGCCAAGCAUCGUUCUCUGGGGUUGCCAGCAAACUGAUGGACGCAACAAGCGAGAAGUCGCGAAAAUUAAGCCGGCAAAUCAACAAAAUGGCUCGUGUUCAAGAGGAGAAGGAGUUACAGGAGAAGAGAGAACAGGAAGAAGCGGCUCAGGAGGAAAAGAAGAAAAAAGAAGAAGGAUUCGCCAGGUCCAUCAUCACUCGCAAGUUGUCGAUCUUCGGUUCUUAUCGUAGGAUGUCCUUCUCUACUCGGAAACCGGUCAUUAUUGUAGAGGUUAGUAACCACCCCCCCCAUCGCCCCCUGCCCAAACCCGCGCCGCAAUCCACAAUCUUAACGCCGUUUUUACAGACCAGUUUGUUUUUAGAGAGAUUUUCCCCGCGAAUUUUGACUUUCAAAUACGUCUUUCUCAUGGUUGAUAGUAUUUGCUUUUUCUUUUGGUCAUUAUCGCACUAUGGAUACACACACAUAUGUGCUUCCAGUUUUCGCGGGAGAAAGUACUCCAAAAAGAUGCUACAAAUACGUAAAAAUAAACUGACCGGCAAAAACGCCGUUGCGUGGACUAAGUAUGGGAGUUGCACGCACGGGGUUACUGGCUAAAACAGACUAUCAUCUGGGAGAAAUUCGUACUUCGAGGGGGGCUUGCAGUGGGAUGACGCAGAGAAUGAUGAAAGAUCUCUAAGUCGUUGUUGUUUGGAUGUCGAUUAGCGUAGUGAAAUGAACCCAAAAGAAAAUUCAAAUUCAUCUCCUCGAUACAUUGGCCACGGUUGUUCAAACGUUGGAUAGCGCUAUCCGCCGGAUAAAUCACAAUCCGACGGAUAAGUAUCAGGACAAACCAUUUCGAUAUCGCCUGUAUAGGAAUUUAUCGGUGGAUAGCGCUAUCCACCGGAUAACUCACUAUCCGGCGGAUAACUAUUAGGACCGUAAAUUGCGAUAUCCACUGGAAAGGGAUUUAGCCGGUGCUAUCUAACUCAACGUUUGAACAACCGCGACCAGAUCGAUACAGGUCGGUACUAUAGUUUUCUCAACGCCCGCUAAAAAAUUGCUCUUGUACUGAAAGUCUUGAAAUAUAAAGUAUAAGAAUUGGACCGAAUUGAAAUUAGUGAAAAUAAUGAAAUUAUUGAAUAGUGAAAUUAUGGUCGGCGGAGCUUAUGGCGUCAUACCUUCGUGUGCCCCUACGAAGGUCUUAAUAGACGUCUUAAUGGGGUUAAUGGUCGUCAUUUGUCAAAACGUUCCUGGCCGUCAGCCGCCACUAACUUUAAUAAUCUGAAGAAGCCCAUAUAGUAACACUCAGGCAGCUGGUUGUGACCAUUUCAUAAGCACAAAUCAACUUUAUUUAUUUUAGUAUUUAUGUUGACUGAUAGAAUACAAUCUCUCAAAGAGAUUUUUAAGCCUUUCCGGAGCAGCUGUUUUUCUUUUCGGUCGAAUAUGAAUUUAAUCAGUUUAAAUAGAUGAUCAAAAUACCGUAUUAAAUUGAAGUGGUGUUUGGCUCUUCAUUUUAAUCAUGCCAUUUUAGUACCAAUAAUCAAAAGAGUGAUGCAAAACCGGAAACUGAGAGUGGGAGCCUCUGUACCUCUCUGCGAGUCAUCUUUCGGGGCUUUUAGUUUAAAACAAGUAGUUUAAUAUCGGUGAAUUUAUAAGUUAGGCAAAGAGAUUUAGGAGGAUCAAGCUCAGUAAGUAUUUAUAAUAGCAUAAGUGAUUAACAUAAUUUAAUUUGCCCUGAGGAUAUAAUAUCAAGCAAUGAUAUCACGCUAUGAGGUUACGAGUUUAUUGUUAUAUGUGAGUUUUUAAUACAGAUAAGUGAUCCACAAGAAGUUCUCAAUAACCUCAUAUAUCUUACCGCAUUAACCCGCCUCUAAUCUGGGUAUUGCUUGAUCGCUUAAACAAAUUUAACUAAUUAUAAACAGAGAUACGAUGUAAAAAAAAAAACGUUCAUUACACUUUUCUUUUUUACUUGGACGUCAUAUCCGAGACCGCUUAAUGGGCAAAUACGCAUUGUCGAGUUUAUAAUGCAAUUGCCAUUAGUACGUCGCUGAAAAGAAAACUGUCUAUAUCUCAAGUUAUAUUUAGCAUUCAGCCAUAGACAGGGCGACAAUUGCGGUGAAAUUAGUCGGCUCCGUGUUUAUUCUAAAAGUUCCGAUCUUUUGUUUUAAAAUUUUUCUUGACAAUGUGCUUUGAUGCGAGAGAGUCCUACAGAGCUGAUUAUGUUUACAUGUGACUCAUGGUGACUCAACCUCUUAAGCCUUGUUUUCCUUCGAAUUUAAAUUAGCUGGCAUUCCGCUGCUUAGGCUAAGAAACUUUUAAACGAGAUUAAUUAAGCGUUACUUUCUCUCUUGUCGAUGAGGACUAAUGACUGUUUUGGUGACACUGAUCAACUUUUUGAAAGUCAGUUCAAGACCUCUUGGCCCUCAGUUACACUGUAACGCAUAAGCUUAGCAUAUUACUGUUUUCACUUUUCUCGGAAUUACUGUGCGAUUAACACAUCGGUUCAAAGUAUUUGAUGGUUGUUCAUGAUUUUGACUCCGGUAUAAUUGAGAGGAGAAAUAUCUGGUUUCUCUGGGUUCACGAAGAUUGCGGAGCAGUCUCAGAACGUCCAACGUGCAAGCUAGGACAACUUGCAACAAAGGGAGCAAUUUGACAUUGGCGCCUUCUUAAAACCGAUAAUGGCCAACGUGUUUGACGACAAAAAAGACAAGAAGCUUAUCAAUGAGUUCUGGAAAGAAGGAACAUUCCCACGAAUAUCUUUCACUCGGAGCCUGUCCGAAAAGGAUCCACCAAGUUCCCAGAAGAAUAGUAAUAGCGACAAAGCAAUGGAUCCAGUGGAACUCCCUAUAAAUGUCAGCAGUAUAAAUAUAGACAGAGAAUCGAGAGAAAAAGAAGAUGAGAGGUUUUCUCGACAUCUGUCGUCUUCGUUGAAUCAGCUUACAAGUAUUCCUCAGACAGAUGAACCAAACCCUUUGAAAGUUGGAAAAACAAUGUCUAAUUCGGACACAGAGCUUAGAGGAAUAAAGUUUGUUGCUAUGAACAACGAAAGAAACUCAACAAUGGUAAACAAGCCCAAAAUAGAGCCAAGAAUGUCCUACAACCAAGCUUUUAUGAAAGGAAAAAAACCGUUAAAAAGACGCGCUUCUAUGCCUGCGAAUUACUUGGGAGAUUAUCUCUCUGUUAACAACAUUCGGAAACGAGCACAUUUCCUCGGUACAAGGGACACUGAUGGCGAAACAUUGAGUAAAGUUAAAAACGCUGGUAGGAGGCGAGUUAAGGUUCGUCCAACAAGUCCUCAACCAUCUCUAAAGACGGAAGAGGCCGAUGAACCUGAAAGGGAUUUAAUCGAGAUAGAAAUUUCAGCUGAAAAUGAAAUUAAGGACGAAACUCGUCCAAAUAUAGAGGUGGGUUUCGUGACGCUGCAGUUCUCGUUCGUUACGGUCCAUCAUUAUGAAGUGAGGAUUGCGUGUCAUUGUAAAAUAUCCUGGGGGUACUUUUGAUUAGCUCCGCAAUAACUUUGAAGACUUGUUAUUUCAAAACUGGUCACAAUUUAAAUUCGCCAACAAAUUUGAUGACCGGUCAACUUGGCCCACGCGAGGAGGCUGGUGACAAUCGAUAUAAUUAAAAAAAAAAACUAAAAAUGCUUUUCGGCAUAUUGAAUUGAAACCUUAGCUGUUAAAAUGUUGUCGCUACAAAAUAUUAUUGAGAUAAAAUAAAUUGCGUCAAAAAGGAGUCAAAUAACGUUACGAUGACAUCAACGGAACUGUAGUUCUGAGUUCUGUUAAAAGAAUUAAUGUAACAUCACUUUGAUUAAAUUUUAAACGUGUACAAAGCAAGUGUUUUAUUUUGCUGUCUUUCUUAUCGAUUUAUAACAAGCAUUUACUUGCAUAUUUAAUACAUUUAUCUAUAGCAAUUUAUCUUCAUUUAUUGCUUUUAACAUUUUCGAAGCGCUUAUUAUAAUGUCUUUUUUUCACAGCCAAUUGAGAGAUUUCGAAAGAUUGUUCAGUUGUUGAGUUUCCUUCUAAAGAUGAAGACUUCUAUGGACAGGUCAGUGGCACACGACAAGUGGUCCGUGAAAAAAAAACCUCUUUACAUUCGGUUUUCGCGAGAGUGAUUGUCUAUUUUCAUGCGUUUCAGUAGGGCAUUAGAACGGAUGGGAAGCCAACGAUCGAAAUAAUAGAUUAAUCAGUAAAAUUACUCAAAUAAUCGCUUUAGCUCUUUGAAAUACAAUAGCAAGUGUUUUCUCAAACUUUAGUGAAAGAAAAGGUUUCUAUCAGAAAUCACGAAAGACCUAAGAGCACAUUAGGUGACCAAAGUGAAGCUCAGUAACAUGGUUAAGUAAUGACGACAAGGACGGUGUUGAAAACCUCUCUACUUAAAAGUUAAUUUACGCUGUUUCAAAAUUCAUAACUCUUAUUCCAUGUCGUUUGAUUUGCCAAAUGUUGCUAGUGAAUUUUUCUGGAGUUGAAUUCUACAAAAGGCUCUAGCGAAAUUCAGGAAAACAAAAAAGAAGUGUGAUGCACGUGCAGAGUUGUUGUUUUGCUAAUCUAAACCUGUUGCUUUUUUGCCGUUGUUGUUGUCGUCGCCGGCGUUGUCGCUUAAAUUUCUUAUUGCUUACAUGACGUUGAUUGCUUUAGGAAAUACCGUUCCCAGAAUGCCACAAAUGUGUUUGCUGAGCUGGACGAGGAAGCUGUAACCGGGGUGGACUGUGACGGAGUAGUGUUUGAUCCAAGUAACUUUAAAGCUGUACGGGAGGUGAGUCUAUACUGUCACGUGGUUUUCCUUUAUUACUGCGCAUGCAUGACGGGCUUUGCUCACCAAAAAAAAAUAUGAACGCGCAUUUGUUGGCUUUACUCGCGUGGAGACACACGUCAACCCUAAGAUUCCAUUUUGCUAAAGUAAUGCUUUGAUUUAUUUAACGUACGAUAAUUGACUCGGUUGUGUUUUACAAACACAUUUUUUUGCAACCCAAGCUUCUUAAUUAAGCCAGAGAAGGGAAUUUUUUGUCGUCGAUUUUCAUUGACAAAAUCAUUUGUAAGAACUAAUAGACAUGUGAGUGUUAUAACUUUUCAUUUGACGUUUUACAGUACGGAUAGCUCGGUAACAAGCGACAAGAUAAUUUCAUUUUUACAUACAUAUAUUAGCAUCGUUUGAAUGUAACGAAUAAUACUAAUAAUAAAAACGUUUUGAUGGUGUUAUCAUGAUUUUGGUUAAAACAAUUUUGUCACAUUGUGUCGCUGAAAGUUUAUCUCAUUACCCAAGCAAUUAUUGUAAUUAAAAUAAAUUCUAUGUGAAUUUCUGAAAGAAAACUAAAGCAAAUCAGUGUACACUCCAUCACCUUCUGCAAAUUAUAGCCCUGUGUCAAAGAAAAAUAGUUUUAAAUCACUCAAUAAUGAUGUUGAUAAUAAUAGCAAUAAACAAUAAUAAUAAUAAUCCGAAACAGAACUAGUUAGUACAAAAUGAAAAUGAUGAAAAUUAGGUCCUGUCAUCAGAUAACAAUAGCCCAUAAAUGAACUGACUACCCAAGGGAAACAGAACCAGUUAGUACAAAAUGAAAAUGAUGAAAAUUAGGUCCUGUCAUCAGAUAACAACAGCCCAUAAAUGAACUGACUACCCAAGAGAAACAGAACCAGUUAGUACAAAAUGAAAAUGAUGAAAAUUAGGUCCUGUCAUCAGAUAACAACAGCCCAGAAAUGAACUGACUACCCAAGAGAAACAGAACCAGUUAGUACAAAAUGAAAAUGAUGAAAAUUAGGUCCUGUCAUCAGAUAACAACAGUCCAUAAAUGAACUGACUACCCAAGAGAAACAGAACCAGUUAGUACAAAAUGAAAAUGAUGAAAAUUAGGUCCUGUCAUCAGAUAACAACAGCCCAUAAAUGAACUGACUACCCAAGAGAAACAGAACCAGUUAGUACAAAAUGAAAAUGAUGAAAAUUAGGUCCUGUCAUCAGAUAACAACAGUCCAUAAAUGAACUGACUACCCAAGAGAAACAGAACCAGUUAGUACAAAAUGAAAAUGAUGAAAAUUAGGUCCUGUCAUCAGAUAACAACAGUCCAUAAAUGAACUGACUACCCAAGAGAAACAGAACCAGUUAGUACAAAAUGAAAACUGUGAUGAAAAUUAGGUUUUGUCAUCAGACUACUCAAGAGAAACAGUACCAGUUAGUUUAAAAUAAUAAUGAUAAAAAUUAGGUUUUGUCAUCAGAUAACAACAGCCCAUAAAUGAACUGACUACCCAAGAGAAACAAAACCAGUUAGUACAAAAUAAGCAUGAUAAAAAUUAGAUUUUGCCAUUAGAUAACAAAAGUCCAUAAAUAAACUGACUACCGAAGAGAAGCAGAAUAAUAAAGCUAAAUGAUUUCUUUAAAUUGAAGUGACCAGAAAACAGAAAUACCUCACUGUAUUGGGAAUAAUUUGACUAAAAACAAACUUACCUCAAGUCUAAUAUCACUAACAUGUAACUUAAGUCCGUAACAGAAUUUACAAGGCCAUCCGGUGGAAUGAUAUUCUGGCGAAGAACAUCAGUGAUCAAACGAACGUGCAAGGGACGUACACAGUAGCUGGCAUCAUGUUGAAUUCCACUUCGGCAUAGGCCGAUUUGGCGGGUUCAAGUUCCCGCGUUGCCACGUCUUUCGUCAGGAAAUCUCCUAAAUAUUAACCCGUCGACCGGACUCCACAUAUUUCUUUUUUGAGUGCAUGCCAAUGCUUUUGGGUGUUGUAACCCUCGACAGACUCGAAAUGGGAAACGAAGACUCAUACCGUCGACGGUCGCCUUCACUUCAAAUGGUUUCGAAAUCAAAACCACAGCGCUUUUGAACUUUGAAAGUCUAAGGUAGAAUAUUAAUUAAUUAGUAAGAAUUUAACUCGGUUACAUCGCAUGAUCGCUGCCUGACCCUCAAAAACAAAAAAAAAAUCGUACAUGUACGCUGCCGUCCAUUCAUUUGAGCGGCACUGAAAACAAGUUUUUGCGGCGCUUUGUCACACAUUUCCAGAUGAAAUACGGGUCGCUCCUUCAAAAAUUUUAUCAAAGUGACAAAGGAAAUAUAAAAUGCUGUAACGUAAUGUCUUUUAACCCUGGCGUGCCCCGUCCAAAUCACCGGCAGUCCGAUCUGGAUUUGUUUUUCAUGUAAAUUACUUUCUAGGGGUAGAUGACGCGAGCUUUUAUUUUUAAGAUACAUUUCGAAUGAUCAAAAUCUUUUUCAUUUUAAACAGAAAGGUCACGUCGCAAUAAAACGGUUGCGUGGGAUGCUGGCUCCUCGCCUUGCCUCGCGCUCAAAUGACGCGUCUCUCGCAAAUACUCGGUGUCUGGUUUACUUAUUAUGUUCCGGUCUUAAUUAAUUUUAUGACACCAAGCAAACACCUUUCUAUCGCGUACUAGGGCAUCAAUUUCCGGCGCCUGCUGAGAUUUUUUUUUCUUGAGCAAAGCUCCUCAUGGAGUAGUUACACUUACAGGCAUAUGUGAGUAGAUUUGGCUGAGCUGUUUUCUAUAAGAGACAAUUAGAACCACUCCUAAGAUCAUUGAAUGAACCCUUUCGUUCUCUGCUAUAGUAAAUCACGGAGUCUCUAUAAGGUGCUUCUAUCUUUUGAGUCUGUGGACAAAAUCCUAUGGUGUUACCAUUCAAAUGAAAGCUCUUUAGCAGUACUUUCACGUGGUACCAUUUAUUUAGUAUCUAGUUCUAACUUUUGAGUCUCUGGACGAAAUCCUAUGGUGUAACCAUUCAUUGUACUAUCUAUAAUGCAUUUAGUUUGUAGUUCUACCUUUUGAAGUCUUUGGAUGAAAUCUUGUGGUUAGACCAUUCAAAUGAAACUUCUUCAGCAGUACUUUCACAUUGCACUAUUUAUUUAGUAAGCUAGAAGAGUUCUAACUUCAGAUUCUGUGAACAAACUCCUGUAGUGUGACUAUUCCUGGCAAAUGAAAACUUUCACAUGGUGAUAUUUCUUUUACAGAAAUAAAACUGUACAAAAUGAAAUUUGGAAUUUUUUUGGUUAAUUUUGACUUUGGCCACCUUUUCAGUGAAAGGGUUUAAUAGCUCUCUUUUAAGGUGAACAAUUAAUCUUUGUCUUCUACUAUUUAACAGGUACAUCUCAGUCAAGAAGCUAUUCAUAUUUUGUCCUUAAGUCCUGGGUCAAGGACUGAGGAACAACUUCAAACGGUACGUGUUAGACCCCAUAGAAGUCACUUAAAUGAAUUAACCGUCCGAUUGCAUGGCUGCGAAUACAGCCUUCUCCCCUCCGUGUCCUAUCCAUUUGGGACGUUCCACUAGCUGCGAGGAGCGAGAAGGGAGGGCUUCACACAUGGAGAGGGCAAGCUCAAACUUAUCCUACAGGGCCUGGUUCCUCAAAAGACGGUUAAGUUUAACCCAGGAUUAAGCACAAUAUAAUGCUGAGCCUUUACUCCGAGAUACACUAAUGAUAACCCAAAUGUUACUCUAAGCAAUCAGGAAGGUAAAAAACAAAAACGGAACAAAAUUUUAAUCAUGGAUUAGCACUACUCGCCCUUUCAGGGACCGGGUCCUGGUUCCUUCAUGACCUAAGCUGCUUUAAAAACGACCAGGUCAAGGCUGGAAACCUCCGUAGAGGCGGACUUAGGGGCAACGCAAAUAAUUUAUCCACACUUCACGAGAAAGAUGAACUGAAGUCUGCUUUGAACUCUCCUUAUUUCUAGGCCUUGGUGGCGCUUAAGACCAGUGUUGCCGCUUUUGGGGAGUAUCCGCUGAAAAUGCAGCGUAGACUCGUAUCUGCUGGCUGGUACGAAAGGUGAGUGAAUUACUAAUCAACCCUUGCUAAACAAAAAAAAGGUAGCACAUCCACAAAGUGGUUCUUUGUCAACCAUUCCCGGCCGAAUUGGAAUUUUGAAAUGUUGGUUUUGAGGAGAGGGAAAAACAGGAGAACCUGGAAAAAACCUUUUUGAGACGCCGGGAUUUGAACAUGGGCCUCAAUGGUGGUCUCCCGGCAGAGGGAAAUGCUAUGGCCCUUGUGCAGCAGGCCUUACUCCCCAAGUGUGCCAGGAACAUCAAAUUGUAUCUCAUCACUCUCCUCACUCAGUGUUAAUUCUAGAGGCGUAUUUAGGAAAAUGACCAGUAAAACCUCAGACUUCAAACCUUUUAAGGUCAGCCAAAUGUUCAGCCGGCGAGCGGAUCUGUACCCUACCAGCUCGGCCAUGUCACCCUGAUUCAAUUCAAUUUACAUUUCAGGUUUGAGGCAAAGAGAGUCAUCAUCAGGCAGGGUCACAAAGCAGAGAACUUUUAUUUCAUCCUUUCCGGUACAGGUAAGGACAAACACACGCAUGCUGUAUUCAGCGGCGGAUCCAGGAGAGGGGGCCAGAGCGGCCCGGGCUCCCCUUUAUUUUUAGACCAAACUGAGGCCCAAGGGACCGAAAAACAGAUUUUUGAGACCACCCCUUCCCCCACUUAUCUCAGGGUCUCGAUGACCGCCUCCGCCCCUUAUCUGAAGGUCUGGAUUCGCCACUGCUAUUGCUAGAAUUUCCACGAAUUUAAUGAUUGAAUGAUCAAUUGACUGAUUUAUCGAUCGAUUUGACGAUAGAUUGCGUGAUUUUUUGUUGCUUUGUACUAAAAGCAGGUUUUUUGUCUUAUGACAGCGGUCGUUACUUUGCUGGUUAAUGAUCCUGUUACAAGAGAACAAAGAAACACCACUGUUGCUGUGUUGGGUAAAGGAAGCAGUUUUGGGGUAAGUCAGUAUUUUGUCUCUUCAGAAAACGUCCAGUUAAUCGCAUGCAACAGUUUCAAUAUUGUGCGAAUAUCAUUUUCAGUAUUGCGCUGGCUUCAUAUUCAAUAUCGUAUUAGUAUUUUUUCUUAGUAUUUUUCCAUCUUGCAGGAACUGGCCUUGCUUCAUCAUAAAACUCGCAGUGCGACAGUUCUAUGCAAAGAUGAAGUCUCACUUUUGGCAGUUUGCAGAGAGGUUCGUUGUAUGGUAGUAUCUAACGUAUCUGUUUCCCCUCCAUAACGAACGGCUUCAUUUAUCUAAAAGUUGGUAUCCUCUCUUGCAGGAUUUUCGAGAUAUCUUUAUGAGUUAUGAGGACGGAAGAGAACCAGAACACAUUAGAUUUUUAAAGUAAGAAUUUUACUUAGAAUGAAGAUGAUAUGAUUUGCGGAAAUAAAAAAUUUAAAUGAAGAUAUGAUCAAAUUCGCAGCGGUAAUUGCAAUUUAACUCGAACAAAAAAUUUCGGGACUUUUUAAUCUGUAUUUCCGCGGUUCAUAUCAUCUUCAUUCUAUGUUCAUGCUUUUCACGGGUUAAGAUGAACUCAACAAAUUGGCCUGUUCCCAAUGUGUGGGUCUAGCUCAAUGGGUAGAGCACUGCAGCGCUAACGCAGAGGCCAUGGGUUCGAAUUCCGUUGAAGUCUCGAAAAUUUUUUCGGGUUAAUUUGCAAUUGUUCGACCACUGCAACGAUCAUAUCUUCAUUUAAAUAGCAAUUUUAUUUUUGAUAUUUAACUGCCAUGAAAAUCAGGCCUAGAUGUCGAACUACAUUUUGAAUUCAGUCAUCAGUAGCUAAUAGUAUUGUGUAUCCUAACUUAUUUCAACAGAAGUGUACCGUUUUUAAGAGAUCUUCCAGUGGAUGAUCUAACCACCAAACACGAUGUCUGCAUAUUUCAUUACUUCAGGUGCGUUUAUUUAUCCUGUAUGUUACUUGUAUAGUUUCUUAAUAUAUAUUUCAUAAAGAGGUAGAAAAUAGCGCUUGGCAAUGCCUCAUGAGUCGCCGACUCCGUAUCAAAACCACUGACUCUAGUUGCUUCCAAAAAUGCCGAUCAGUCAACGUUUAAGGCAAAAAAAACAUAGAUGAAAUAUAUCAAGCAUUAGACGCUGUGUUUCAUCACCAGAUGAAACGCUGAGAAGUGGGACAAAAAUAGAGUUGACGAACUUCGAGGUGUUUCAUCUGGUGAUGAAACACUGUGCAAAAUGCUUGAUAUUACUUCUCAAACAAAAUGAUUUUAGAAGGAGAAAUUAAGGAUGCAAAAAGGAGUAGUUGUCAAAUGUCUCAGAUUUUUUACUUUACUAUUGAAACUUUCAGAGAUCGUGUUUUCGAGAUGAUUCUGAUACCAACAUUCCAUAGACUAACAAAAAAUGUCACAAAAAGUGUUCAACAGAUUGAAGUUCUCUACCUGAGUCUUCUCUCUUUUCUUCACCAUGUGAUCUUGGUUCAUGGAAAUUUUAAAUGUUUGGUAUUUUCUUUGUUCUGCAGGAGGGGUGUGGUUAUAGUUAAGGAGAGCAAGACUAAAUGGAUUUACGUUGUUAAAACGGUGCGUACUUACAGUUACGGAUAUCAUAAAAUGACUUGUGUCCCCCAACAAACCUCUUUAGCUUUAUGUUUUGUUUUCCGAAUACAGGUUACGCGGAUGAUACUUUAGGGAACCGUUUCUUUCAAAUUUCGUCUUAUUAACAUGCAUAUCUAGCAUAAUUUAUGAAAAGACAAUGAGUCACGUUCCCCUGCGACUAUUGGGAAAACAAAACAUACAAGCUAAAGAGGUCUAUUAUGCUGAAAUGGAUAUAGAUCUCGUUAACCACAACCUCGUUGUUCCACAGGAACGUGUAAGAGAGGAUCUGGGUUGACUUGAUUCUUCUAAACUUUCUUUCAUGUGCUUUAAGCUAUUUACCCUGUUUUCCCUACUGAUAACUGUAUCGACAUUUUCUAACUGCAGAUGUAUACAAAUCAUAAAACAUUCCGAAAGUAUGUUUUUUAUUGCUUGACUGUCUUUUUCUGACGUGUUCUCGCUUGAAAUAAAUCCAUGAAAUGUUUUCAUCGUCAGGGGUCCUGCCGCGUUCUAACUCAUUUAUCAAAAAAGACUGCAAAGUUAAAUCGGUCAGCGGUUGAUCAGGGGAAAUCCAAGGCUAUCCUUCCCGUGAUUCCCGUCGAUGAAACAGAUAGGAGGAGAGCACUGUACACAGGUAACGCAUCAUAAAGCUACUUGUCUGGCAACAAGAUAUUCGCCCACUGAACUCUUAUGUUUGGCAACGGUCAUGUGCGAUCCAGGAUCGGUUUUCGAGUCCACCAAUUCUGAUUUUAGCUCGGAAAUUUAAAAGUUUUCAUUGCAAUUUAAAUACGAGACAAGCUUGCUAGGUACAGUCGAGUAACCGGUCGAUACUUUAUUUUUCUUUUUUUCAAUUUUUUGAUUCGUCAUUGCUUAUGCACGUGUGAAUUAUGACAUCAGCUUUAGUUUUUAUAAAAACAAAUUAUUGCUAUUUAUAUUGUUUUCUGGGACAGUAAUUAUAAAGUAAAACGUUCUGUCCAUUAUGCCUUUGGGUUGAGCUUGUUCAGAAUUUACAUGCCUAAUGGUUGUUUUAUGUCCUUGUAUCUUUACAGCUGCUGGUGAUCGCGUUCGGCCCACUGCUUGGUCUCCAGAAAUCAAACGACCAAAAACCGAACCUUCACUAUCGUCACACAAAAACAGAGACUUGUCUCUACCAGCUCUAGUUGGUGAACCGGAAAAAUUUAAGGUAAAUGCUUAUAUUUGAAACUUGGGUAUAGAGAAAAGUUUUCUCGAAGACAUGACAAAAUGUUGUUUUUGGUUGUGAUGCAUCCUGCGUGGUAAGCCCUCGAAAUUAAAGAGACAUAGAAACGCUAAAAUUAGCAUCUAUCGCGUUUUCGCACGACAAAGUUUUUAAGUAUUGCCCAGCUGUCAUCCGUUCAAGUCGAGCAUCAUGUUUCGCGCGCGUUCUCGUGCGCCAUAAUCCCUCUUUCCCCUUCUUCUCGCACGCAUACCAUGCAAGCUGGCAAACAUGGAGACUCAUUAAAACAAGUCUUUUGUAAAUGGAGCCAUUGUGUAUUUUGUCCUUUUUUUAUUUACUCCACAGAAAGUAGCGAAAAACGUUAGUUGGGUUGCACGGAUGAGUAUCAUUCCUAGGGAAGGUAAAGCCCUCUGACUUGUUCUUUAACGUAACGUGGUUAGUAAUUUUCUAAACAGCACAGGAGCCCGGCACUUAUUCGGUUUGCUAAAGCAAAUGGUAUUGAUGCCAACAAGGGUGUCAGGUUUGAAAGUCAGUUUACCAGUGGUUUUGUUUUGUUUUCUUUUCUUUUAUGCCGUAGCUAAAGAAAGCGAAGAACAUAGAGAAAAGAUUGAAAGACUGCACAGACGAAUCAGCAGUGUGGACAAAAAUCGUAAUAAAACGCCUUUGGUAAGUUUAAUAUUACUAAGCAAGUAAGCGUUAUUAACAUGGUCAGAAUAUUCUUAUCACACAUACAAUGUGUAAGAAUCGUUUCUUUACAACAACCUAAUGCAUUGCUUGAGGAAAACAAUGUGCUAAAGACAAAUUUAGAAGAACAUAGAAGUCUAGUGCACUAAUACAAAUUAAGUUACUAGUACAUACACCCACCCCACCCCACCCCUCCCACAAUAACUGCAAUCGUUAAAACUGCGUGUUUCCAUUUUUUUGCUUUGUUACAUCUUCACUUUUUGUUGGUACCAUUUAGUCUGUCUUUUGCUGAAAUGGUGAAAAUUUUAAUGCCCCACCUCGGGCUAAAGGUCCAAAAAUUUCGUGGGCGGUAUCGAAUAAAUGGCUAAUCCAUAUCGUUGGGCGGGCUGCUGGGCUAAAAAGUAACACCAGUUUUUUUAAUUCCCUUUUCCCUGUUAUAUGCAUGGGCUGAGACUUUUGGGAAAGAAAAGAAUGACGCUAUAAUUACUGUUAUUUUAUUAACAAGAAUAGUUGCACCAAAUUUUUGUUAAUAGUUGUACAACGCAAAAUUUGUAAUAAAACUAAAAUAAAAUUUGGUUAUAAAUUAUGUAAUGUUGUUAAAUGUGUUACUAUACUAAUUAUUCUUGUAUUGAUUUUAGAUUGAAACACCAGAUUUGGAUCAGAAAGGGGAACAAGUAGUGGUACAGAUUGAGUUGCUGAAACCAAAAGAUCAGUUUGUACGUCGUCACUCAUGACCUUUUUUAUGUGUAUAUUCUUACGAGUUUUGUUUACUCUAUGAAUGGAAAACGUUUUUCACUGUGUCGGUAGUGGAAAGCUAACUACCUUUUAUGUGGGGUUGUUCAUUCCACUACGUAUAGUGCCUUAUGCCUUGAGUCCACUGUGGAUGGAAUCGUGAAACGUGACCAUUCAAAUGAAAGCUACUGAGCGGUACUUUCCUUGGUACUGUUUGUUACGCUGAACUAGUGGUUCUAACUUUUGAGUCUGUGGAUCACAUUAAUCUUGAAGUGUGACCCGUUUCAAUGAAAGCUCUGAGCAGUACUUUCCUGUGGUAGUGGUUUUUAAACUGUAAAGUUGGAGUCUGUGGAUUACUCCGACCCGUGGUGUGACCCGUUUAAAUGAAAGCCAACGUGCAGCACUUUGCACUGGUGGCGCUUUUUUGAGUCAGCGGAUACCUGAUCCUAAAGUACGACCAUUAGAAUGGAAGCUAGUACUAAGUGGCAGUUUCUUGUGUUGCUAUUUACUAUGCUGUACUAGUUGGUUCUAACUAAAGUAUUUAGAUGCAUAAAACGGCGCAGAAUCAUUCCCAUCAAUAUUGUUCACUAUGCUGCGCAUAAUGGACUCUGUUAAGCUAUGUAGUCCAAGGUACUUUUUAGUAUGUAUGUGGUAGUACAAGGUGAAAUCUCAGUUUUGAUUUCCAUAAUCGUUCUGAUAAAAUCCAAAAAAUGACUAUUCAUGCCACCGCUAUUAUAAAAGUAGGACUUUUGUUAUCGUGAAAAGAAAAAAAAUUCAACAACAUGCUUCGGACUAGUUUAACUGACGCCCUUACAAUUCUCGGAAAAUUUAAGUACAUAAAUUUGAUCGUCCAACAUUUUCCAUUUACCAAAGAAAUUCUCCUUUUUUCUCUUCCUAGGGACUCUCAAUGAUACUGUUUGAUAAUCCUGCAGUUAAAUGUCACCUGGUAUGUACCUAUUUGAUUGGUAUUAAGUACUGAUUAAUGAAACCAAAGUGUGUGUGUUGAGAUGCAUGCAUGCUUCUGAAAGGAGUAUUUAAGGAUUAGCACAGUCGGUUGUUGCGCGGGAGGUUCCCUCGCUUUAAAGUCACUUUGCCCCCAAGUCAUUUCGCCCCGGUUACUUAGCCCCUUAUUUUAGAACGAGGAAUAUUAAACUUUAAGCGCGCGCUUCUUUUGGUUUAUGUCUUAUAGAACAAAGAAUAUUUGGAGCGCGCUAAAUAACUCGAAAAUAGGGGGCGAAGUUACCGGAGCGAAAUGACCUGUCUCAAAAUCCCUGUUUCGACUUUUUCCCUUAGCUGUAAGUAAGUUUGUCAGGUCAUGUAGUACGGAAACGUUUUACACCUUUAAUCCAGGUAUUUUAUUAGGAGUUCAUCUUGGAAUGAGUUCUUAAGAGUUUAUAGAAUCUGCAAAAACCAGGAGGACUAACUUAUGAUUGUACAAUUCCAGGUUAGCAACGGGGCUGAGUGUGUGCUCAUAAAGAAAAGUUGGUUCCUUCAGCAUGCAAACGAGUCUACUCUGCGAAAAUUAAGAAAUCUGGUCAGUAUUUAGAGGCCUGUUUUUCCAUUGUAUUAUCAUAAAAACAUAAUAUUAAUAAUAAUGCAGGGUUUAUUGAUGCAACUUCAGAAUGAAAAGUACGAUGGACUUACAGAUAAAAUAGAGUGGACAGAAAAAAUACAUUAAGACAUCGAUAAGGAGCUGGAUGAACCGCAAAAGUACCUCAAUGAAAGAAUCAUGUUUUAAACCAGAAGAAAUACCUAACAUGGAUUCGUUUAAAUGAAAUAAAAACUUUCGUUUGUCUAGCUGUAAAACAAAAUCGCCUUUUUGAUCGCUAGAGUGUUAUCGGAUCUCUCACGAUUUUGACAUUUUUGCAGUAGCAUAAAGCAAGGGUACAUAAAAUAUUAUUGAUGAAAUAAUCAACUUGAGGAAGCAGUAAAGUCCUUUGACAAGUUAUCAUGAAUGAAGGAUACUCACCGAGGCGCGAUUUGGCAGACUCAAGUCUUAUACCCCAUUUAAACAGGGCAUAUUUUCGCAGACUUACAAUUUUUUUUUAUAUAACUAUUCCACCGCAGAUUCCACCAUACCCAAGCCAGGAUACGCUAGAGCAAAAAAUGCAGGAUCAAGCAAACUGGGACUCAUAUAAAACACAAACUAUUAAUAAUCUUCUAGACACACUUCACUUAUAACAGUAGCUGUUGCUCCUGUCUAUAAUAAUAGUGUUAUAAUUAUUACCUAGAAUUUUUAACCGACAGGUAAAACCAAGUUUGAAGUAAACUCGAGGCACAGCUGAUGGCAAUUAAAAUUUAAGACUAUGACCAGAGGAUUCUACUCAUUUCAGUACGAGGCAGUUAGUUGCAUGUUUUCAAGUUAAAUAGGGAAGAAAAUUUACCUAAAUAAGAAUGAGUUCAGUUAAGAAAUGUUGUUUGGAGCUCAGUCAAACACCUAUUCAUGAUUUCUUGGAGAAACAAAAUUAAUGUUAGCACUUAAUUAUUUAUUGUUCGACUAUAAAUAUCGGAGACGAAUUCACAGACAGGCUUUAUGUACAAUACAAUUUUUUCAACAAAAUAUGAAUAUGACGCCAAAUUUUAUUUAUACAUAUGUGAUAUGAUAUACGAAGAGUACUACAGUCAUUGAUGUCAAC